AUGGAAUGGCAAAUGGGCACGACGAAAGUGUUCAUGCGGAGCCGCAUUCACGAGCCUCUGGAGGAAAAACGCAAGAACCUGAUCGAAAGCUCUUCCAUUCAAAUUCAAAAAAUUUGGAAGGGCACUCGAGUGCGACAAGAGUUCUUGAGGAAACGCCGAGCUGUCGCCAAAAUCCAAGCCACUUAUCGGAGCAUGAAGCAGCGUUUGUUGUUCAAUCGCAUGCGUAGAGCUGCUAUCACGAUCCAAUCCGGAGUUCGCGGGAUGUUUGCCCGAGAGGUCGCUGGAGCAUUACGUGAAAUGCGACGUGUCGAGGAAGAACAAGUCCGUCGAGAAAAGCUGGAAGAGGAGCGAAAACAACGCGAAAAUAAACCAAAGCCCGAAAGGCAAGAAAGUGCCACUGAUGCCGAUGAGACCCUCAGCGAGUGCAGUGACGAUUCCUACUUGUCGCUUACGGGGCAGACGGAGCGUCCUCAAGAAGAACUGGACGCGGUCAACAACAUUACGACGCAGUUGAACCGAGCAAAUAUUGUAACUGCGGCGUCAAGCUCCCAGGCAGUGAAACCUGGGGUGGAAAAAUCUUCAGUAGCCACUGAGGCUCCAGCCCACCCAGAAGUCGAUCUUGACAAUUUGUUCGAUUUCCUCGCGAAAAUGCAAGACAACAACGCGAAGAAAAAACAACUUGAUGUGCUAUCGGAACUCGACGACAUCGGUCGCGAGGUUUCGUCUCUCGCCAGCGGAAUCCAACAGAGGCUGGAUAUACACGAGAACAAAAUGAAGGAAGAAGCGAAGCCGAACAGUCGCCCGCGUUCCAUGCACUUGCCACCGCCGGAUUUCCCUCCUCCGCCGCCACCACCACCGGCUUCGACAGACUCUCGCGGCGACGCUGACGAAGAAUCCACGUACGCCGAAAGCCUCCCCACCACGGAUUCCAUGAGCACCACGACAUCCGCGUCGACGGAAAUGCCUGCUCCUCCAUCGCCGCCACCGUUGCCGCAACCGAACAUGGACGAACAUAUGGACGCCGCGGCGCAGGCUGAUGACAAGGACAUCUCGCCACCGGAGGAAUUCCGCAACAAGGAGUUGAAUGAAGACCCCCGACGUCGCAGCUUCCAAGAGGGGAAAAAGUUGACAUCGGGUCGUGAGAACCAUUACGCGUCUGUCGCUGUUCAGCCCAGACCUGGGGCCCCGCAACCUUCGGCUAACCCGAAUCAAAUCCGCAGCCCGUCGCCCGGGAAAGUUGAAGACAUGCGGGCGCGUUCACGGUCACCUUAUUCCAGGCAACAGCAGCAGCAAAUGAUGAGAAAUGGAUCAACGGUUUCUGUCGCAUCAUCUGUGGGAGGACAGUCGACCCACUCUUGGAAAUUCACUCCGGGCGGCGACUUGCCGGUGCCGCCCGGGGCGGCGCUUCCGCCGGGCAUGUUGCAGACGAUGCCGGAAGAAUCGGACCGGGAACUGAAACGUCGACUGCGAAUCGAACGUCGCAUUCAAGAGCUCGGGGAAAAAGAAGAAUCCCGGAACACGGUCGUGGAACCCGAGACGGACGAGCACUACGAUAUCAUCGAAUUCGCGGAAAAAUACUUCAACAAUCACGAGAAGUAUCCGGAUGGUACCAUCGUGGCUACUCUGACCCGGCGCAAGGGAACGACGACGAACGUGGAUUACAUCCCCAAGUACGAAAUGGUGACUUAUACCAAAGGCUAUUCGAUACCUACGUCUCACAUUCAGAUGUUCGACCCAGACAACAUCACUACCGCUUGCAAUACCUUCCGGGAUAUUUGUCGCUACAUGCGCGGCGAGCUCAAAGGGGAAAGCGAAAUAGAUGCGGUCCAAAGCAUCGUUGGCUGCAGCAUUGAGAGAGAAGAACUCCGUGACGAGGUGAUGAUUCAGCUCAUGCGGCAAAUCACAAACAAUCCUUCGCCGGAGUGGACGGAAAAGCUUUGGCUGCUCCUCGCCCUCUGUGUGGCAGCUUUUCAUCCUUCAAAGACUCUCGCAAAGUAUUUCAUGAGCUUUCUGAAGAAAAACUUGCAGACGGAAGGGAAAAUUCGGCAAUAUGUUCGAUGGUGCAUCGAAAACAGUCGUAGUACCAAAGCGUAUUCGAGGAAAAUGGCUCCUUCUUCUGUUGAAAUCGCCGCGAUGAGGCGCUUGGGAACAGUCGUUUGCAGAUUUUUCUUCAUGGACGGUCGCACGAAGGCAAUUGACUUGCAUCCGUGCGACACAGCCCACGAUGCAAUGCGGAAACUUGCUGAUAAACUCGGUUUGCAUUCGUUAGAUGGCUGGGCCAUCUACCAGCAAAGCGAAGGCGGGGAGACGCACGUCAAGGCCCACGAUUAUCUCUAUGACGUCAUUGCGAUGUGGGAAUUGAAAAAUAACCCAGCUCCGGCCCCAAGUACAAUUCCGACGUUAACCAAGCGACCGAAGCCAGUUGGACUCGUUGACAACCGUUUCAUCUUCAGGAAACGGUUGUUCCGCAAAACUCGGGAAAUUUCUCAGGAUCCUGUAGAAAUUAGCCUAUUAUUCUCCCAGGCUGUCUAUGCAGUUGUGAAGAGCGACGACUUCCCGGUGUCAGAAAAGGUUGCUCUUCAACUAGCAGGUCUUCAGGCUCAAGCUCACAUGGGCGAUCCCAGACCCGACCAAGGAGACCAUCCUUACUCGGAUCCAUCUGCGUUUUUGCCGGAACGAAUUUUAAAAACGAGACCACCUGUCCAAUGGAUUCAAGCUAUCGUACAAGCCCAUCACUUGUAUGGAGCUGGAAAAUCAGAUCUGAUCGCGAAAGUCUGGUAUCUUUCAUCCGUGAUGCAGUAUCCGUUGUGGGGAUCAGUGCUUUUCCUUGUUUCCUACAAGGGAUACUGGCCUUAUGGAAACGAAAUCCUGUUGGGGGUGAACUGUGAUGGUCUGUCACUGAUCAGGCCCGAAGACAAGUUCGUUAUCUCCGAGUACCGUUACGAGGACAUCGAAUCUCUGUUUUUGGACCCGAGUGACAAUUUCAUCACGCUCAAUUUAUCGCGAGCAGGAUCGGACGGGUCCCUCAAAAGUUUUGUAUUCGAGACAAAGGACAAAGUGGAAAUUGGCUCGCUAAUUUCCUCGUACUAUCCUCCCCUCUCGUCAUGGGCUCGUGACUCGGACCUUCCGAUCAGAAGAGUCAAACUAACCCCGGAAGACCGUGCCAGAUUGUAUUACAACGUCAUCGCAGCCCGACGAGGGUUGGCGGAAAGUGAAACCCUGAAACGUCCCACUGACGAGUUGUCGUUCUUCCGGAACACGUUUAGGCGACUGAGCAAAGCGAAAGGCGAUAAGUACAAACAUCAAGAAGAAUACGCAGGAGGGGACUGGUUAAAGUCGUUCCCGCAUGGGUUCUGGGCCUUCAGCAGAUAUCCUUUGACUCAAAGCUUGAUUCAGUUGGAGUCUGUUGAACAAGAAGAAGUUGCUAUUCAAAUGUCAUCCCUUAUCCUUGCUUACGCCGGAAUCGCAAAGAAUUCUGCACCUGAGUCCAACUUCGCAACGGGAGGCGAAGGAGACCCAGCCCUGAUCGCUCAAUCAAUUCUAGAAAAGGCCAUGUCGAACCCCCGGUUGAUGGACGAGCUGUAUUGUCAGCUUAUAAAACAGACGACAGACGGGCCUGACCCACCAGGUGGCAAAGUGGCCAUCAGAAUCUGGGCUUUGUUUGCCUUAGCCUGCUCAGUUGCCUUACCUUCGUUGAAGCUGCUCAGAAGAUUGCUCAACGCCCAUUUGAAAAAAACAGCUGCUGAUUACGUCUCCGAAGAAGGAAACUUCGCUCGUUAUGCCGAGAAGUGCAUGCACAGAACUGCAGAAUCUCGACAGAGGCAGUGGGCUCCUUCCCGACAGGAAAUUCUCUGCACUCUCAGCAGGCGCCCGAUUUACGCCAGAUUUUACCUUAUGGGCGGCAAUUUCCACACAAUCGAAUUUGACCCGUCCGUCACUGCCGAGCAGAUCCUCGAUACGGUUCGCGAAAAAGUCGGAUUGAAAGAAACGGCUACAGGAUUCGCUCUGUACGAAGUUUACGGUAUUCAAGAGCGCAGCCUGCAGCGGGAAGAGAAACUUUCCGACAUUUUGUCGAAGUGGGAGAAAUUUAAAGCGUCUGCUUCUGGCAAGAAAUCCGAAGCUGAUCCUUAUUUACUGUUCAAAAAACAUUUGUUCCUGGAAGUCGACUUGCACGAUUUGGUGGAACAAGAAUUGCUGUAUCAUCAAACGUUGCACAUGCUCCGCACGGAUCGUCAUCCCCUGACCCUGAUGGAGGCGGUGAUGCUGUGCGCAUUAGCAGCACAAGUAGAAUGGGGCGACUGGAAAGUGAACCAAGAUUACGAUCGCCUCGUCGCACAAGUGCUGCCGACAAGGAUAAUGAAGCAGGCUGCCAUUGAUUCCAAUACAGGCGGGAGCGUGCCUGAGCAAGUCAACAUGCAUCACCAGAGUCUGCAGGGAAUGUCGGCUGCUCAAGCGAAAGAGGCCUUCCUUACACUCAUUCAGAGUUGGUCGCUGUACCGUGCCACAAUUUUCAACGUAACCGUAAGUAACGUUCUGUCAGUUUCUCAACCCGGAGACGGUUCCGAAAAGCAAUGGUUCACAUCGAAUUGGCCACGUGAGCUUUGGCUGGCUGUCGAUCCAUCUGGUGUGCAUUUACUGGAACCGCAUGCCAGAAGUACGCUGUGCACGUAUUCUUAUGACUACAUCGUCAACUACUCUCCGUCGAUGAACUCGUUGAUGAUCAUCACGGGAAGCUUGAGGAAGCAGAGCAAAAUAAUCCUGAAUACCAACAUGGCGUUUCAAAUUGCUACGCUGAUUCGCGACUACAGUGAGGCUCUGAGACCAGCGCCGGUUUACUUGGCGAACAAUGGGGACCAUCAACCGCGCGGCUCGAGAGUUCAAUUCAAUCUGCCAACGACGUCGAAUGGAGCUGUGAGCAUCCUACACAAACCCGUGCCACACAUCGGGGACAACGAGUUGAAUGUGGAGCCUUCGUCUUGAACACCUUCGCUACCAAACUUUUUGAGCGGUACCGCUUGAAUCUGACAUUUAUCCUUGAUUACCGUCGUUUUUGGGCACCUUAUUGGUUGCCACCCAUCGCAGCCGCGGCAUUACGAACAUCUUUUUUUUUACAGUUUUUAUUCUGCUUGACAGUGAUCUGGUUUUUUUUGCACGUAUUUAUUUGCGUUCGCGGAACCGCCAACCGAGUUUCUCGAUCGGCGGAUCCCAAGUGAUCGGUUUAAUUCCAUGUUGUGAUAUCAUAGUCCUUUGCGACCAGGUUUGUCUGUUUGUUUGCAUUUUGUUCUUCAAGACGUCGGGUUCCAUGACUAUAGAAAAGCGUGAUGAUGAUUAAAAUUUGUGUUUUAUCAUCACUUGGGGCCUUCUGUGGACGAAUGUGACUCCCGUCUGGAUGCACCAGAAACUUCCCGGCCACUGCCAAAAAAAACAAAAAAAAAGAAAGGAUUUUCUUCUCCCGGCGAAACUGACGUCAGCGUCUUCUCAGCACGGGUUUUGAUGGCUUUGCUAGCGUUAGAGUUCGAUGGUCGGAGUUGCUUAUGCGUAGAUCGCUUUGCACUUACCUCGUGUUUAACCCGAUCGAGUCUGAACUUGUUUUUUCGGGAUCCGAGGGAAAUAAGUUCUGUGAGUUCAGCUGCGAUGGAUUAGAACGGAAAAAGCUCGGCGAUCUUCCGCGAUUUGUCUCUACUUGUACUCUGAUAUAUUUUCGAAGAAAACGCGUCGUGUUCCCUUUUUCAAACGGCGCGGGAAGAAUGACGAAUCCAACUCGGUUUCUCUCGUUGCGUUCGCUCACGUGUUCGUGAUUCAAAGUUCAACUUCGAUGGAAGAAAUCUAUCUGUUAAGGAUUUUCCUAUUUGUCUUUGGAAGGUUAUGCGAGUGAUUGCGUUCGCCGGAUGAAAAUGGUUUUUUAUCACAUGUACGCGAUUAUAUGCUGUCGCUUCCGACGACCGAUGAAUUGGAAUAAAAAUACGGAAUUCACAUUUGAA